GUUUAGGAUGGCUGGAAUGCGUGCGUUGCGCAAUAGCGGCCGCCAAUGAAGCAUCUUGCUCAGCCCACCAAGAAAGAGCACCACAGUACAGAGGAUAUGGCUCAGGAACGAGCCCCGCUUGAUGGCUGCAUAGAAGGUUCACGAAGAACAACCAGCCUUUGUUGGUGAGAUGGGAGGAAGCCACAAACAUUCCUGCUCUUGACUGCUGCCUGCAUAAAGCUUCAAACCCACCCUUCCAAGCGUUGUCUGGCACCUUCCAAUUGGUCCCAUUGCGGCCUUCUUCGAACUCGUCACACCUCCAAGGUUGUUCCACGACCACCCACCGCUUCGUCUCGGUCCGUUUGAGGCGUAUCUGCUGCGCAUACGACUUGAGCAACGUCCCACAAGCACCACUUUCCGAAGAUGGCAUCUGAGGAUUCAAAGCCCGCAACACGCAGCCGCGUCUUUUUUGACAUCAGCAUUGGCCAGCGCCCUGCCGGCCGUGUUGUGCUGGAGCUGUACAACGACGUCGUGCCCAAGACGGCAGAGAACUUCCGUGCCCUUUGCACAGGCGAGAAGGGCGUUGGCAAGGCCGGCAAGCCUCUACACUACAAGGGCUCUGGCUUUCACCGUGUCAUCAAGCAGUUUAUGAUCCAGGGUGGUGACUUCACCGCUGGAAAUGGCACCGGCGGCGAAUCCAUCUAUGGCGAGAAGUUCGAGGACGAGAAUUUCAACCUCAAGCACGAGAAGCCCUUCCUUUUGUCCAUGGCAAACGCCGGCCCCGGUACCAACGGUUCACAAUUCUUUAUCACCACCGUCCCUACCCCCCACCUGGACGGCAAGCACGUUGUCUUCGGCGAGGUCCUCACUGGAAAGUCCAUCGUCCGUCAGAUCGAGAACCUCCCCACCGAGUCGGGAGAUAAGCCCAAGAAGGACGCGGUGAUCGCCGACUGCGGCGAGCUCGUGGGCGAGGAGGCGGAGCUCGCCACCGCCGCAACCAGCAAGCCCGACGCGCUCGGCGACCCCUACGAAGACUUCCCCGAGGACGAGCUCUCCAAGCAGGACGGCACGGCCACCGACGGCAAGAAGGCCGAGGAGCUCCCCGCACAGAAGGUGCUGCAGAUCGCCUCUGAGUGCAAGGAGUUUGGUAACAAGGCCUUCAAGGCGGGCGACGUGGCCACCGCUCUGGACAAGUACGAAAAGGGGCUGCGCUACCUCAACGAGGACCCAGACCUGGAUGCUGUGGGUGACGCCGCGGCGUCUGCGGACAUCAAGGCCAAGAUGGACGCGGUGCGCUUCACGCUCAACAACAACGCCGCCCUAAUGAACAUCAAGCUCUCCAACUGGGAGAGCGCCGCGAACCACGCGACCUCGGCUCUCGACGUGGGCGGUCUCAAGGACGCGGAGAAGGCCAAGGCGCUGUUCCGCCGCGGCCAGGCUCACGUGCGCCUGAGGGAUGAGGACAAUGCGGUGGCGGAUCUCACAGCCGCGAACAAGCUGGUACCUGGCGACGCUGCCAUCGCCAAGGAGCUGGCCGAUGUGAAGAAGAGCAUCGCCGCGCGCGUAGCCAAGGAGAAGGCCGCCUACAAGAAGUUCUUUACUUAAACAGCUCAUCAUCCUACAGCUAGUCACAAGAUAGAGAGGGUAAGAAUAUUAUAAUUGUUCUAAAGAG